CAAAGGAUUUCGGUGGUUUAUGUUCGCAAAACGUUAUCUAUUUACAUAAGAAAGGAUUUAUAAACUCAGUUAAAUUUAUAGAAAAGGUUAUAAAUGUGUGUUAAAAGGUCUAGUUUACUUUGUGUUAAAAGGUCUAGCUUACUUUUGCCAAGCUAAGUAAGAGUUCUGCAAACAACGAGGAAGCAAGGUGAUUGAAUACAGUUCAAUCUUAGAUCAUCCAGCUCAGCCUGAUGAAAUAUUCAAGUUAUAGAAAUUUUGUGUAAUACAUGAGUUUAGAACAAAAGCACCAGGCUGUAUGUUGAAGGAUAUGAAAAGUAAUUUGCAUAACACCCAGAAGCCCCAGAGAAGCAACGUGUCGAAUAUCUGGAAGGAACAGCGUUAGUUUGAACACUGAUUGCCAAUAUUGGUAGUGGAGUUAAGCUGAUUGACCAACACCAUGGGGCCAUUGCAACUGACAGACCUGCCAUGGGAAGACAUUAUAUACUGCUACAUAUUUCCCUACUUGUCUGCAGCAGACUUAUGGCGGUUUCGUGGAGUUUGCAAGAAAUUUGAAGCCUUGUUCUGUGCCUAUAUGCAGGCUUGUGAGAAACUUGAUUUGACUACAUUAAAAAUGACAGAUGAAGUCUUUCAGAAGAUGACCAAGGACUGUGCGAACCUGCAGUGGUUAUCCAUGGCCCAGUGCUCAUGGGUGAAUGACGCAUCGCUCAUGAAGAUAUUCAGAACAAACCCUCGUCUCAGAUAUGUUAAUCUGAGUGGUUGUAGUUCCCUCUCUGGGGCUGCCUUGCAGGUACUUGUUGUGAACUGCAAGAAACUUCAUACUUUACUCCUUGCAAACUGUCCAUGGUUGACUAAAGGAGGCUGGGAAGUAAUAGUAUUUCAUCAGUCCAACCUGCAGUGCUUUAAUGCAUCGGGUUGCUGGGAUGUAGAUGACCAGGUCUUCCAGAAGUUCUUUGCCAAAUUCACAGACCUGCAUGAGCUACACUUGGCUCAUGUAGAACCUGUGACAGAUGAGACACUUUGCUUCCUGGCACAUUCAUGCCCUGCUCUAAACUCUCUCAACAUAGCAGGAUGUUGGAGGGUAACUGAUGAAGGAAUAAGUAGGGUGGUUGAAUACUGUCGUAAUCUGCGCGUGCUCAAUGUAAAGGAUUGUCGUGAUGUAACAGAACAGUACCUUUGUAAGCUCUUUGUUCGGGGAAUUUGGGUUAUCUCUGAUUAUUCCCUUGCUCAGAUGGUCAGCAGAAGAAAACGAGUCAACAAUCUUGGCCUCAACAUACAAACAUAAUUUGUGUGAAUGAAGUGGUUGUAAAUAUGCUUGCAUAUUUAAGGUGUAUAAUGUAUUAUAUACAAAUUAUAGAGAGACAAGUAGAUGGAGCAGGAUGAAGAUAUGACUCAACAGUCAUAUUUUAUACUCUAAAGAGAUUUUCUAUAGUUCUGUAUGACUGCUUUGGCUUUUGUAACAGGAAGUUUAUAAGUACAGGUAUAUUAUAUUGUUUUCCCUUAGGUUGGCCUUCCAACUGUGAAAGCUUAAAGGACCUCUUCUUCUUUUACUGUCAGUUACUGACUUAGUAAAUUCACUCAGUAAACUGCAUUCUCCUCAGGAAUGUGCUCAAGCUUUUUUUUUUCUAAGUUUUAUUACUAAUAUUAGGGAAAAAUAAAAUGUAAAAUCUCCAAAAAUCAUAAAAGACAUCAGUUAGGUUCCUUGAUGAUUAGGCACUUGUAGAGCCAGCUUUGUGCACACAAAAUUGAUGAAGUAAAAUCACAGUGGACUGGGCAUUUAUGUAAGUGCCCUUAUGCCAUUAAUGGGUUCAUUUGUGUUAACUUCAAAAUCAUAAUGGUUCACUUUCAUCAGCUUAGUAGUUUGGUGAAAAUUUUGCAUAUUAUCCUAUGCAACUGAUAUUAAUGCUCUCCAUUUCUGGCAUAUUACUUAGUACUAUAGUUAUCAUAUAACAGACUAUUAGUGUUAUUUUUUUAGUGAUGGUUUACAAAAUUUAAUUACUUCCUUUAGUACAAAAGCAGAGACUGAAUGGUAUGUUUUCCUUUCUCUUACUUUUUUCCUAGUUUUAUUCUUAUUCCUUUAUCUUUGUCUUUUACUCUGUGUUGGAGAAGUAUAUUGUUCCUGUAAAUAUAGUGUGAUAUAUUGAGUUGUACAAAUGACUGGCAUAUUUUAUAGAUGGGGUUUAGUAGAUGUUUUAGUACAACACUACUUUCAAAAUCAGAUUAUCAUACACAUAAUUAGUUUUGCAAUACAUUUACUCGGUAUUACUCUAAAUAACUUUGAAUUUCAACCUUUUGAGUGACCAUCUUUUUGUACUUUAUGUACACAAGUUUAGUCAUUUAUUUCUUCUAACAGUAUUUGUACAGUUCUCAAUAUAGGCCUCUUUUUCUUAAUUGUCAGUAGUCUGAAGUUUUGAUUAUUGCUUUUGUUAUACAUUCCUUUUAUUUAAAAUCUUCCUACUUUGACUUUCUUUUUUUCUUUUUUCUUUUUUCUUUUUUGCAUUAUUUUUAUUCCAAGUGAAAUAUCAGUAUGAAGAUUUAUGUACACUGGGAUCAGUACCCACAGGCUUUGUCAAGGGAGAAUGAGAGAGAGAGAGACAGCGAGAGAGAGAGAGACAGAGAGAGAGACAGAGAGAGAGACAGAGACAGAGACAGUGACAGACAUAGACAGAGACAGACAGA